AUGUGUCAAAGUCAGUGUAAAACUUAUGUAUAUAAACCAUAUGUGCAGCGUAUUAAAUAUUUAGCAAGAUUGCCAGAUUAUACGAAGUUAGAUGAACUUGCCCUCAUUGGUACUCAUUCAUCGCUGUCCUACAGUGCUGCUGAAAUAGAAUUUCAAACCCAAGAUUUGAAUCUUGCACAGCAAUUGAAAUAUGGAAUUCGUGUUUUGGAUAUAGGUGUGCAUCCACAAAUAAAUUUAUUUAAAAUUUGCAGUAAUAAUGCUGAAUAUAAAAUUCGAUUUGAUCAAGUACUAUUUGAAAUUGAUGAGUUUCUUGAUGAUAAUCCAAGUGAAUUUAUAAUUAUAUUAAUACGUCAAGUUUAUCCUCCGGCAUUUGAUGUGUCAAAAAGUAAUUGUGAUAUUAUUAGUUUUUAUGCCGACUUUAUCAUCGGUGGACGCCGUAUUGUCACAAAAUGGCGGCUUGAGGACACUAUUGGACAAUAUCGUGGGAAAAUAUUAUUAGCAGGUUUUGAUGGUUCAUUUAGAGGAUGUACUUUUGAUAUUCGUAACAACUGUAAGAUUCAAAAUGACUAUAAUACGAUAACUAAAAAUAAUAUUUAUAAUACCGAUGAUAAAUGGAUGGUUAUUAUUCCCAUGAUCAAUCACAGCCAUUCUAAUAGUUAUCGCUGUUACAUCAACGAUAUAAGUUUUUAUAAUGGCAUCAAUAGUCGGCGUGUUAUUGCUAAAGACGGUGGUUAUUACUGUAAUAAUGUAUGCGCCAGUCCACUAAAUCAUUUAAUGGCGACUUAUUUUUAUAAGACUUAUAAUGUUUUGAGUAUCGUUUUAGCUGACUUUGUAACACAAGAAUUGAUCGACAAGAUUAAUAAUCAAAAUUUUUUCAAUCAAUCAUGGCGUCACUGA